GACUCACGUGCAGAGGCGGAGACUCCAUGUCGGAUUCACCACCGGAGGACCGUCCCGUUGCCUCACUACUCGGACCGCUCUGCGCUCAGAAAGCUAACCUUAACCCCGAUACCAACACUGCAUCGUUUCCCCGUUGUGUACGCCUUGUUUACAAUGUGAAGAAAAAUGGCCGGGACAAGCUCUGAUUGGGUGGAGAUCCUGGAGCCACGCUCCCGUGAGCGUAUGUACGUGAACUUGACCACUGGUGAGUGCGGCUGGGAUCCCCCUCCAGGCGUUCCUGUCCGCCAGGCUGACGGUAACCAGUGGUGGGAGCUGUUUGACCCCCAUAGUGGCCGCUUCUACUACUACAACUCUACUGGGCGCCGCACAGUCUGGCACCGACCCCAGGGAGCCGAUAUAGUGCCCCUCUCCCAACUCCAGGCCAUGAAGCGAUGCAGUGAGGCCAAGCAGACUGGAGGAGGCGUGGACAGGCACCACCAUGGGACCACGGGGAGUAUCAGCAGUGUAGGGAGCCGGGGGCGCUGCACCCCUCUGCUUGAGCAGGAUGGAGACAACCCUAUCCCCAGACCCCUGGAGACCAGCGAAGAGACUGCCAACCCCGACAUGGACCCAGCAGUGGACAGCAGAUCACAGGGAGACGGAAGCAGCAACGAACACAGCACAGAUGGCAGCAAAGACCCACAGAGGGAUGCUUCUCAAAGAUGGCAGCCUGCACCUGGUUCGAAAGCAGCCAUGCUCGUGAAGGUGAACAGUAUGAGCCGUAGCCAGCCAAGCCCAGCCUUGCAGCAGCAGCACCUCGAGCACAGUGCACACAGCAAAACCAACACCUUCACCUUGCACCCCUCCAGCAACAAGGCCCAAGGUGGACACAUAAGCUCCACCCAGGGAUAUAAAACUGCUCCCUCUGGUAAAAUGGCAGCAGACACACGUCAUGCCCAUCACCUGAGAAAAGCCAGCAAUGGCAGCUUCUGUUUGGUGACAUCAGACAGUAGCCAGCCCAGCCCGCUUCUUCACAGGUCACAGACCAGCACACCACGUCCCAUCUCUCCCCAGUAUGGUUGCAAUGCCCCAAUAUAUGAUGAGCCAGUUUCAGACUGUCCUAUAUAUGAUGAACCCCCAAUAGACAUGGAGGUUGAGGGUGCGCAUCUGUACAAUGGACAACCUCUGUCUCGCCCGACACCUACCCAUAGCCUCCAGAAGCCUAGACACCUCCAGCACCCUGGUUCAUCUCAUCCAGGGUCCAGACACAUGAGGAAUCCUUCUGCCUCUGACUACAGCCCAGCUGGUCUGGAAUGCAUCAAGCACAUGGUCAAUGUGGACCCCAAACAGGGGCUCCUCUCCAGCUCUCCUGUGCCCACACGUACCCCUUCCCCUACCUCUAGGCAGGAUUCUGUCUUGACUCAGCCUCAGCCACAUCCUCAGCUCCAGGCCCACUCUUUGCCCCAGGCUCGAGGCCAGUUGAGGGACAGAGAGUCAGGGACCCUAGGCCCAAGCACUCUAGACAAGAAACAAAACUGGCGGGUCCUUGAGGCCACUGUGCAACGCGCCAUGGAGGCACGACACAGCAGGCAGAGCAGCCAGGCCUCACAGGACUUCCCCUCCUCGACCCCGCAGGCCACAGCAAACUAUCAAGACUCUGGUUACUCCACUGGCCCCUCCCCAAGUCUGAGAAGAAAGAGCAGGAGGAGGGUAGGGGCUGGUGGUGGUGCAGGAGGCAGGCCGGGGUCGGUAGGCAGCAGCGGGGAGCUGUGUGCCCUCAACGAGAGACUGAUGGCUGAGAUGAGGGAAGUGGUGAGUCGCUCCAACACCAUGAGGGAAGUGAGAGCGGGGCUGGACCCGGAGAUUGGGGAGAGGGUUGUCGUACCGCGAACACGCUCCCCUGCAGACUCACUCAGGUGGUACGGAGGAGGGGGAGGGGGAUCAGCAGGCAGGUGUACAUCACGAGAGGACCUCACUGCGGCUCCCCGGUCACUGAAUAGGGUUGGUAACCUUGGCAACCCUGCUCUGGCCCCUCUGGAGAUACCAGGGAGGCAAAAAAGGACGUAUGAAAAGGUGGACACCUUGGAGAUGAGUGUGAAUAGCCAGGCCAGCCUUUCCUCACCGGAGACCCCAGGACCGCCAUCCCAGGCAGGUACCCUAGAGCUACAGGCUCAGUUGGAGAGCCGAAAGAAAGGCAUGGUGGAUGGGCGGACCGCUUCCUUGGGUCCCCACCGCCCUGCCAACCAUGACAACAGAGAGGGAGCUGAUGGGGCAGGAGGGAGAGCAGGAGGAUCCUCCUACCAGCUCUCCUACGCCACCCUGCGGCAGCCCCCACCUCCCGACAUGGGCAUGGAGGACUGGGCCAGCAAGCACCUCAACAUGCACACGCAAGGCCUGUUCCGUCGCCGUGUCUCUAUUGCCAACAUGCUGUCGUGGAACCGUGGAUCAAUCAAAAAGCCCAUGCUCGUCACCAGCAACCGAGCUGUCAGGAAGGAGGCUUGCGAGAUGUUCAAGCUGGUGCAGGCCUACAUGGGAGACAGGCCUUCGCGCUUGGACCGCCGACACUGCGCCUUGCUCAUCGUCACCAAGUGCUGGGACAUGCCAGGACUGCGGGACGAGCUGUACGUGCAGCUGGUGAGGCAGACCACAGGCAAUGCCAGCCCCAGAAGCUUGGCGGCAGGCUGGGAGCUGAUGGCUGUCAACUUGGCCUUCUUUGCCCCCUCACCCAAGUUCCGCUGUUACCUGGAGGGCUACAUCCAGAGACACACGGAGCCCACCAGCGACAAGAAAUGUGAGUCUCAGACUGAGCAACAGGUGACUCAGUUCAUAUUGGAACAGCAGGAACUAAAGCUGAAGAAGAAUUCAAAGUCCAGGAAGAAGCGAAAACAGAACACAGAGGAGGAAGAGGGCCUGCCUAUCAGCACAUAUGCCAAGUUCUGCCAUCGGAAGCUGCAGAAAGUGGCUAUCACUGGUGGCAAAAAGGGUCUUCGUAAGCCCACCUUGGAGGAGAUCGACCACAGUAGGCGUGCCAUCGUCACUCCCUCCCUGUUCGGCAGUUCUCUGGAGGAGGUGAUGGAGAGGCAGAGCGAGCUCUUCCCAGACAGGAAACUGCCCUGGGUUCAGGUUCAGCUUUCCCAGUAUGUCCUGGCUCUGGGCGGGGCUCAAACAGAGGGCAUCUUCAGAGUGCCUGGAGACAUUGAUGAAGUGAAUGCAUUGAAGCUCCAAGUAGACCAGUGGAGGAUCCCAGAGAAUCUCUCUGACCCCAAUGUUCCUGCCUCUCUGAUGAAACUAUGGUAUCGGGAGCUGGAGGAACCACUCAUCCCCAUGAACUUCUACAAGCAGUGCGUCAGUAACUGUGACGACCCAGUGGCAGCCAUCGCUGUGGUGCAGUCUCUACCUGAGCUUAACAGGCUGGUGCUCUGCUACUUCAUUCACUUCCUGCAGGUAUUUGCUCAGCCAUCCAACGUGGCUAUAACCAAGAUGGAUGUGAACAACCUGGCCAUGGUGAUGGCCCCCAACUGCCUCCGAUGUCAAUCUGACGAUCCACGGAUCAUCUUCGAGAACACACGCAAGGAAAUGUCCUUCCUGAGGAUGCUCAUCGUUCACCUGGACACCAGUUUCAUUGAAGGGGUCGUGUAGACACUGUGAACCAACCUCAUGUGCUGGAUCAGCCCUUCAGCAUCUUCAGUUACACAUUUAAAAUCAUGCAUAAACACUGUCUCUGCUCAGACCACACUGGAAACUCUCGGGGUGAGAUAUUACACUUCUUGCAACACAAUGAGUGUGAAAACAGCUUGGACUUUGGGCCAUUGUGCUCUCCUGCUUUGUUACCUAGAGACAAUACACAUCACCGUAGGUUUUACUGUGUUUUUUGAUACUAAGAUCCACACUGACUGCUUUAAAGUGAUUCACUUUAAUGACUGUUUUCUAACCGCUGCAUGUGUUAACAGAUUUACUCUCAUUUCUUACUGAAUGGUUGGUAUUACAGUCACAUUGGACAACUGGGCUGUGUAAAGUGAGAGUCUUACAGUAUUUACUUCAGAAGUAUUCACUUGCACAAAAAACACAUAAGGCAGCAGUGUUGAUGCUGUGCUUCUUCCUCUUUUCUUUUUUUUUUCCUCUGGUUUCCUUCAAGUGUGUGUGUGUGUGUGUGUGUGUGAUUGUCAGAGUGUGAAUGGAAGACAGAGCCUUCUUUUAUCAUGUACAUAAAAUUGAAAAUAUGAAAAGUAAAAGAACUCUUGUAAUGGUUCUUUAUUAAUAAGCUUGCCUGUGCUGUUUUGUGUAGUUGUUCAGAUAGCUGGUCUCCUCGUAUUUCAUUUUACGAGACACAAGAAGCCGCGCUGCCACAACUACUUUACAGAGUCAGUACAGAGUUUUCAUUUCAAAGUACAAACUGGAAGGAUGGACAGAAAGCUCUUUGUAAAGGAUGUUAGCAAUUUUCUAAGCAAAUAAACUUGGAAGUGCUUUGAUUUUAUGACUCUAAACACUCAAUUGAAGCCAGACAAGAGUGUUGUAAUUAGACUUCAUGUCAAUGUGAUGUGGGAGGCUGGUUAUUCAACUGAUAAUACUCUUCUAUUAUCUAUAAAAAGUCUUUCAAUUGGAAUUGUGUUCUCUUUUGUUUGUGGUCUGAAUGUUUUUUUGGCUCAGGUCUUAUAAUAAAACGGGUGUUGGAUGUGAUAACUGUACAUAGCCUCCCUCACAGACUGAAAAUUUGAUUAAUCUACCACAAACCCCUGUACUGACAAUGGAGUAUCGUUUAAUUGUCAAGCACUAUGAGGAUAUAGAUUAAGCUCUUUGUGUCUCCUCUCAGGCUUUGCUGAUGUAAAUUAAUCCAGUGUGUAAAUAGUAUUAACUCUCCUUAAGUGUAUUCUAGUGAUCCAGGUUAAGGGGGAAGUUAAAUGUUGCCGUAAAGAGCAAUACAAAAUUUUUUUUUGUAAUUAACUGUUCAUUUCUCUGCUGUAACCGCCUGCCUUUUGAAAACAGGACUGAUUCAAACCACUUUCCAUGUAUGUACUGUAUAUGUGUGUUUGCAUACCUUCUCGUUAAAAUAUGGA